GACAUGUACUAGUCGUGAGAAGUACUAGUAGAGUUACAUGUGUCGUGUACAUGGCUAUACUAAUUGGUGUUCUUAAGAUUUGGUAGGUUGGAAUUAUAUCAGGAAGGAUUAGUACCACUUUCACUAUGGGUGAUGGGAGAAAAGCAAUGUUCUGGUUUGGUAGAUGGCGUAAUUUCCAGCACUUAAAACUCUUUUUAGACCGGUUCCUUAUUUCUAUCUAUAAAGAUGGGAUUGGAGCCAAUGUUCUUAAGGUGAAAUGACGGAUGUUUGCUUUGGGUCCAAAAUUUUUCACUAUUCCACCAUCUUUAAGAGAUCCACAUUUCAACUUACUUAGAAGUUGAAUGGGUUGAGAAUCCAGUGUAGUAAUAAAGAGAAGCUGAUGUGAAAUCUAAGAACAGGUGUGUGUUUACUUCAGGCCCUUUUUCGAGGUUUUUGAAGUUUCAUGCAAUUCCAGCUUCCUUAAGAGCAGAUCAGAAAGUUUUUUAUUCCCUUCUAAAGUUAGCUUUACUUCUUCAUGUUAUCAGAUACAUAUAGAAGAGAUCGUGAGUCAAUUAAUCACCUAUUCCUUACUGUCGUUGCCAUUUGGCUUUGGUAUUCAGAACCAGAAAAAUCUAUUCUACUUUUAAUCAUGCUGAAGUUAGUUACAGGCUUGUGCAAAAGCUUGGGGGGGGGGGGGGUAUUGGUGGUAAUAAGAGAUUCGAGGAUUUUAAAUAUGGGCAGGUAUUCCACAUUGCCGGAAAAGGGGAAUGCUUUUGUUACAUCUCGCUCAUCGCUUUCAUUCUGUUUCAGGUUCCCGUUUCAGGGGUGUUUGAUUUAUGAACCACCAACUGCUCUCCUGUUGCUUGCGGAAUGUUGCUCUUUCUUCUACUCGGAAGCGUGAAAGCUACUCGCCCUCUGCUUCUCUCCUUGCUCUGGUAAACCGCGAAGCCAAAGAGUACACUUGGAACUGAAAGCAGUUCUAAUGAGAGUAAGGUGCUUUUCAUGUAGUGAAGAAUCUAGAACUUCUUUGCCCACGUGGGAAUCCUCUGCAAAUUCUGAUGUGCAAGAUAGCCUAGGACUUGGACUUGAUGAGCAGAAGGUUCAAGCAUUUGCAGCUUCAAAAUUCGGGGCAAGAGAACUCCGUUCCCUGAUUUUUAAGGGGGGAGGUUUGAUUACUUUGGCAAAGAUUUCUCAGCUGAUUGCAAGAAGAUUAUUGGGGAAAGUCCUCAUAGAAGCUGCUAACUAUCAGAUAAGAAAGGAAGUUGUCAAGAAAGGCGGACAGUUGGCUGCUAUAAAUCUUGUAUCUCGUGUGGCCUUGCUUGGUGCAAAGAAGGUGAUGACAUUUGAAUUUGCAGACACACUGGAAAGUUAUUAUAGUGCAACAACGCAUGGUCAUUUACUCCAUAGAUAUUUUAUCAAAUGCGAACUCAUCAUUAUGUUUUUGCGUGAUUGGUUUUGGCAAAUACUAGCAAGGCACGUUGCAAUAGAAAUUUUACUUUCGGCUGGUAAAAGAGAAUUUAUGUAUAGGUUGUUAACUGUGCUUGUAGUACUGCAUCGACUAUUUGGAAAGAGUUGGUUUCUUCCACUGACCAUAAAUCAUCGAAGGUUAUGCGUGUAAACAAUAGCUCACCAAGGAGGUAUUACUCGAUGUAAUUCACAUCGUGUUCUGAGAGAGAGCUUGCUUUUGUUACUAUCUGGGUCUUUGUUAAAAGUAAAAUAAGGAAGGAAGUUUUCUUUUU